AUGGCCUGCUGUUCCACUAGCUUCUGUGGAUUUCCCAUCUGUUCCACUGGUGGGACCUGUGGCUCCAGCUGCUGUCAGCCAACCUGCUGCCAAACCAGGUGUUGCCAGCCAACCUUCUGCUGCCAGACCAGUGGCUGUGAGACUGGCUGUGGCAUUGCUGGUAGCAUUGGCUGUGGCCAGGAGGGAGGCAGUGGAGCUGUGAGCUGCCGCACCAGGUGGUGCCGACCUGACUGCCGCGUGGAGGGCACCUGCCUGCCUCCCUGCUGUGUGGUGAGCUGCACCCCCCCGUGCUGCUGCCAGCUGCACCAUGCCCAGACCUCCUGCUGCCGCCCAUCCUACUGUGGACGGUCCUGCUGCCGCCUAGCCUGCUGCUGCCAGCCCACCUGCUGUGAGCCCACUUGCUGGCAGCCCACCUGCUAA